AUGAUCGUCAACGGUGCAUCUGAUACCGUUUUGUGUCAUUGUUUUCCAAAUUAUUUAGACGGUCCUGCACUUGAUUGGCUUUGUGCUUUACCUGCAGGUUCAAUUUCGCGAUUCCAACAACUGGCCAAGCAAUUUGAGGACCACUUCGCUGGCUCCGCAAUUUAUUUGCACGACUCAGACUAUCUGAAUACAAUUAAGCAAGGACAAAAUGAGAGCCUGAAAGACUAUAUGACUCGUUUUACGAAGGUCACCAUAAGCAUAACUGACCUCCACCCUGAAGUUCACCUUCAUGCCAUCAAAAGCGGACUUCGACCUGGGAAAUUCCAAGAGACGAUCGCCGUAUCUAAAUCGAAAACACUCGUCGAGUUUCGAGAGAAAGCGAAAGGCCAGAUUGAUAUUGAGGAGCUGAGACAAGCUCGGAAGUCCGACAAAACGAACUACAGAGACGAGGAAAAAGUGUAUAACAGUAAGAAAAAUUUUAAACUAACCCCUCGUUUUGACUCUUAUACACAGUUCAACGCCAAACGGGAGGAUAUAAUCAAAGAGAUCCUGAACUCAAAAUUAAUCAAACCACCAAGAAAGGCGGGGACAUAUCAGGAUACAAAAUACGUCGACAAAUCUAAGUACUGCGCCUUCCAUCAGAAGCACGGCCACACAACCGACAAAUGUGUCGUCGCAAAAGACCUCUUGAAACGGUUGGCUCGGCAAGGGCACCUUGACAAGUAUAUUGGAGGACACAUUCAAAAAUGUACUCCAACCUCUAUAGGCAAUAAUCCAUCCAAACAACCAAGCCGAGGAAAGGACAAGCCAUCCUCGACCCAGUAUGACCAACCACGAGGUAUCAUCAAUUGUAUUUCAGGAGGAGGUGCCAGUGGGGGCUCAUCCAACUUGGCUAGGAAAAGAUCUUUCCGAACAAUAUACUCGGUACAAGGAGCACAACAGGACCACCAACUAAACCCUCAAUUCCCCCAAAUGACGUUCACACAAGCAGAUUUCAAAUCCAAUAUUCAAAACUUAGACGACCCCGUAGUCAUCAUAAUUCAAUUGGGAGAUCUACUAGUAAAAAAUGUACUCUUAGAUCCAGGGAGCAGCGCCGACGUUUUGUUUUACUCUACAUUUCAAAAAAUGAAGCUAAGCGACAAUAACCUGCAACCAACAGGAGGAGACCUCGUCAGUUUCUCAGGUGAACGAGUCCCAAUACUGGGAUCAGUGUGGUUGAGAACCGCACUGGGUGAGUACUCUCUAUCUAAAACAUAUGAUAUUCAGUACUUAGUAGUCAAUUGCUUCAGCCCAUAUAACCUUAUACUUGGCCGACCUUUCUUAAACAAGUUCGGCCCAAUAGUAUCCACAGUUCACCUUUGUGUCAAGUUUUUUGUGCAGGACGAACAUAUCGUAACCAUUCAUGGGGAUCACAAAGAAGCACGGCAUUGCUAUAACAUCAGAAUGAAGUUUCAAAACGGACCAAAACAACCUCAAAUCAACAACGUCCUCAGCACCGCUAGCAGUUCGGAGCUCGCCGAUCUAAACCCUAGAGCGGACUUCCUUGAGAGACCUACACCAACAGGUGAGCUACGAAAAAUACAUUUCAACAAGGAUCCUAACAAAUACACCUUUGUAGGUACAGCAAUAAGCAAGGACGAACUAGAUGCGAUAGAAAAUUUUUUACAAGCAAAUGCCGACUUAUUUGCUUGGACGCCCUCUGAUAUGCCCGGCAUCGACCCCCAGAUCAUUAGCCACAAGCUGGCUAUCAAUCCUUCUGUCCAACCAAUUCAACAGAAGAAGAGAAACCUCGGCGAAGAAAAGAAACAAGCCUCAUUAGAGGAAACUCAGAAGCUGAUUAAUGCCGACUUCAUCAGAGAGAUCAAAUUCACUACUUGGCUCGCCAACGUCGUUAUGGUAAGGAAAUAA